UGGCGUGCGACUGGGGGCGACUCUCUAGUGAUGCUAUGGUUUUUGAUCCUUACUUCCGCGCUGGAAAAACUACGCUACGUCUAGCUGUGUUUUGGAACACAUGGUUGCUGGUUUUUAGUUGUUCUAAACUGUUGAACAUCUUAGACUAGUAUCAAACCUGGCAUCUUGUUUAUGCUGGUUUAAAACUGUGGUAUCUGCCAUCUUGGACCAUUAUAAAACCAGCCACCAGCUGUUCAUAUAACAUCUUCAGGUUGUUUAACUGGAACAUGGUUUUAGGGGAAGGUGUCUCCAUAUUCAAUGACAAACCAAGACCAAAGAUGAGGAAGAGUUUUGAUAAUGGCUUCAUUGCUGAAGUUAUUGUACGGCUGCUGCUUUUAUGUGUUUUUCUCGUGACUGAGGGGAUUCCUCCAUUCAGCCGUGAGAUCCAACCUGAGGAACUCUGGCUCUAUAAGUUCCAUCCCGUCAAAAAGGACCGUGUUCCUACCCGCCUUAUGUUUUCCAUCGCCCUCUUCGCUCCAUUGGUGGUUAUUUCUUUGUUUACCUUCUUGAAACAAGGUGGAAAGGAAGAUAUGAAAGAGGCAUCUUUGGCUGUGACUCUGACCCUGGUGUUAAAUGGAGUUUUCACUAAUGCAGUCAAGCUAGCUGUGGGAAGGCCACGACCGGAUUUCUUCUACCGCUGUUUCCCGGAUGGCCAAAUGAACCCAGAGCUUCACUGUAGCGGUGACCCGGAUGUAGUAAUGGAAGGCAGGAAGAGCUUUCCAAGUGGACACUCUUCCUUUGCGUUUGCUGGUCUGGGCUUCACUGCCCUGUACGUGGCUGGGAAGCUGCACUGUUUUAGCCCAGCAGGCCGAGGCAAAGCCUGGAGAUUGUGUGCCUUCCUCACCCCCCUCCUUUUCGCCAUCAUGAUCGCCCUCUCCAGAACAUGUGACUACAAACAUCACUGGCAAGAUGUGUUGGUGGGAUCUCUCCUCGGUUUGGCCUUCUCGUACUUGUGUUACCGACAGCAUUACCCAGCUCUCAACGACUCGAACUGCCACAGACCCCUCCGAAUGAAAGAGGCAGCGCCUCUUGCACAGGAACGCAAGCCGGCCAACGCAGGCUACCUCUUACCUUUGUAGGAACUCGAAUUCUGUUACACCUUAACCUGACCAACAACCGUAUACUGUGUGAAAGUUUACCAAGCCAGUUGCUGCGAUUAUGUAAAUGUUCAUGAUGAACGUUUUGUGUAUUGUAGAGCUGUCUUUUUGAAAAUGUCUUUAACAAUUUGUUACUUCUCAAUCUCUUUGAAAAUGUAUAUGUGAACUAUCAUGGUGAAAGAACUUUAUGUAUGUUGAAACAGCUUCUAGGUAAGUUUUACAAUGUGGCAGACAUAUUUAUAGAGAUCUCCAGUAGAGACUGUAUGCAUAUGGGAAAUCCCCUGAUAUCUUUUGUCAAUAAAGUUUGUGAUGAUUUCUAAUGUA